GCCAUUAAUUAACAUGGUUUUUUUCUGCCACAUUUGUUCAUUUCAUGCAAAAACGUGAGUAAUUUCAUGAAAACCGAAGCUGGUUGUGCUACUGAAUGAUUACUUAUAUACAUGUAAAAGUUUAAAUUUUAUCAUCAAUUACAUUACAUCAAAAUGCCAUUAAUAAUGAUAACUGGCAUACCAUGCAGCGGCAAAACCACGAGGAGCCUCGAGCUCAAGAGUUACUUCGAGGAGAAGUUGAAGAGUAGUGGUCAAAACGUGGAGAUAAUCAGCGAGAGCAACGCAAUAAUCCAAACGGGUUACAAUAAAAAUGUAUAUUUUGCGGAUUCGAAGAAGGAGAAAGCUAUUAGGAGUUCAAUCAAAUCAGAUAUUCAGCGUAAAUUAGAUUCAAACGACUUAUUGAUAUUUGAUGGCAGCAAUUAUAUCAAGGGUUAUCGAUAUGAAAUCUAUUGCACGACCAAAUUAUACAAAACCCCUCAGUGCACGCUGUAUUGUAACUUGCCAAUUGAACAAGCUUGGCUAUGGAACAAUAAAAGACUUAAUUCAGAUCGAUACGACAAGGAAAUUUUUGAUUCACUUGUAACCAGAUACGAAAUACCAGACACUACAAACCGAUGGGAUUGUCCACUUUUCACAAUCAUGCCCGAGGACAUUCUAAUGUGUGAUGAGAUUUAUUGCUAUCUCUACAAAGGGAAAUUGCCAAAACCAAAUCUGAGUACCCAAAUUCCACCAUUAGCUCCCACAAAUUACUUAUACGAAUUGGAUAACAUAACGAAAACUGUGACAAACGUGAUACUGUCAAUGCAACAACUGGGAAUAAAUUAUGAUAUAAAAAUACCAGGUUCUAGUGUGAAUUUAAAACGCAUAACCAUACCAUCAAAACUUGCAAUAUUAAGAAGACAGUUCAUAACUUUUAGUAAAAUGCAACAAAAUGAAGUUGAUCAAAUUGCCACAUUAUUUGUACAAUAUCUCAAUAACAAUAUACGGUAAAAGUGAAUUUAUA